UAGAAGCGCGAAGCCACAGACGAGGUAUCAUCACAACUCGAAUUAGACCAUCGAAAUCAUGGCUAAGAAGCCUCAGCUGUUCAUCUUCCUCUUCAAUCUCCUGCCUCUCCUUCUCCUCCUCCUAGGAGAGGCCAAGGCGACGCUGUACCAAGACUGCGGAUCUGAGGAUAAAAUCAUCUCCUUUGAAAUGGUGGACUGUGACAAGCCUCCUUGUAUAGUGCGUCGACCAACCACACAGUAUAUCAACAUAACCUUCGAAGCAGAAUCCGACGCAGAGUAUUUGACCACAACGAUCGAAGCUAAAAUCGGUGGCAUUCCCUUCCCCUGGCCUGGACCUGGGGGCUGUGAUUUGCUCUUGUCAGGGGAAUGCCCGCUCAGGACAGGAAACGAGUAUUUCUACAGUGCCAAGAUGCCCGUCCUUGAGGAAUAUCCUUCGGUGCUCGCGUACGUCACCUGGAGACUUCUGGACGAGGAGGAGAGAGUUCGAUUCUGCGGUGUGCUGAUCAUCGACAUCGUGUAAGGAAUUCGGCUUCUGACCUCAGGGAAGAAGACACGACGCACCAAUGAACGAAUAAUUCGAAUAAUUCUCCAUUAGUCUUUUUAUUGGCAUUGGCUAAUGCAGCCUCCCAAGCUUCCCUGGUCUUCCCUCUGCUAAGGUCAGAUACCGACUGACGACUUUCUUUUACCCAGAGCCGUAUAUACCUUAACCUCGACCUAAAAUAGCAGACGAUGACAUGCAUGAGAUUGUCCUCUAUUUUGAAAGGAGGCGAACUAUUUUAUAACCCUGUACUUUACUAAUCCUGGAUCCUGUCUUCUCUUCUUCUCCCUUCGUCUCUUCAUCAACGUGACGGUGUUAGUGACUAGAGGUAACCACAAGCAGUUUCUUUAUAAAAUCAAUCUUUUAAUUGACGUUGUUUUUCGAGCUGAUCACUGAAGUAAGCAUGCGUUGCAACAGUUAUGGUCACUGACGUCGCCAGUGUUUCCUGGUGUCUCAUUGAUAUUUAUUUUUUUUCUUGUAACUUUUUUGUGUGUCUAAUUAUGUAAAUGAACUUUGUCAUAAACUCUAUACGUAU